GUCUCUUUGAACGUUCAAGCUAAAUCCAUUCCCAUUGCCGCCAUUAUGGGCUUCAUUUGCGGCUGUCUUGUCGGUUUUCUUAUCUACCGUGGUGGUUCCUUGCUGAAGCUCCGUUGGUUCUUUAUCAUUUCUACCAUCAUUCUUUACUUGGUCGCUGCCGGUUUGAUGUCCAAGGCUGUUGGCUAUUUUGAGCAAAACGCUUGGAAUCAAGUCAUUGGCGGUGAAGCUGCCGAAGAAGGCGGUGAUGUGAUUGCCUACAAUGUCAAAACUGCUGUCUGGCACGUUUCUUGGGGUAACCCAGAAGAUAACACUGACCAAAACGGUGGUUAUAUGAUCUUCAAUGCUAUUUUGGUAAGCUUGCAACACGAUCCAUGA